AUGUCCUCAAUUAUGAUGCUUCGAAGAGCACUGCUGAUAUUGACAUCUCUUUUAACUGUUACCUGGAUAACUUCUAUCAUUGCUCAAAACUCCACAAAGCUUUGGUCUGUGGUAAACUUAUCCAUUUCCCUCCAUCACUGGAACAUCUCCAAGGAAUCAUGUCCUGAAAUAUCAACGAUCUUGGUAAAAUCACCAACAGAAACUGAACUCAGAAUAAAGGAAAUCCUACAGAAUAUACACCAGCUGAUCCCGCCCAGACCCUACACCCAUGUGAACAGCACCACCAGUGCCAAACACAGCACAGUCACCAUCCUCAACCCUAAAGACACAUACUGCAGGGGGGACCAGCUGGAUAUUCUCCUGGAGGCCAGGGACCACCUGGGACACAGGAAAGAAUAUGGAGGGGACUUUUUGAGGGCCAGGAUGUCCUCCCCAGCUUUGAAGGCAGGCGCCUCAGGAAAGGUGACAGACUUCAACAAUGGCACCUACCUUGUCAGCUUCACUCUGUUCUGGGAGGGCCAGGUCUCUCUGUCUCUCCUGCUCAUCCACCCCAGUGAAGGGGUGUCGGCUCUCUGGAGGGCAAGGAACCAAGGCUAUGAUAAAAUUAUUUUCAAAGGUAAAUUUGUUAAUGGCACCUCCCAAGUCUUCACUGAAUGUGGCCUGACCCUAAACUCUAGCUCUGAACUGUGCACCUACCUGUAUGGGAGAGACCAGGAAGCCUUCUACUGCAUGAAGCCUCAAAACAUGCCCUGUGAGGCCCUGACCCAUGUGACCACCAUGAACCAAGAAAUUUCUUAUCUUUCUGUCAAGGAAAAAAGUCUUUUCCAUAAGUCCAAAGUGGGAGCUGAAAUAAUGAAAGAUCUUGAACAUAUCGAUGUCUUCCAAUGUAAAAAGAGAGAAAAGAGCACAGAGAAAUGCCAAAUUGGAAAGAAGACUCCAGCCCCUGGUGGAUACACUUUACAAGGAAGGUGGAUAACAACAUUUUGCAACCAGAUUCAACUAGAUACAAACAAGAUCAAUGGCUGCUUGAAGGGAAAACUCAUUUACCUGAUGGGAGACUCCACACUGCGUCAGUGGAUCCACUACUUACCCAGAGUUGUAAAAACACUAAAAUUUUUUGAUCUUCAUGGAACUGGACCUUUUAAGAAACAUUUGCUUCUGGAUGCUGAAAGACAUACUCAGAUACAAUGGAAAAAACAUAGCUAUCCUUUUAUCACUUCUCAUCUUUACUCUGUGACAGAAGAAGGUUAUAUCCCUCAGGAAAUUGACCAGAUUUCGGGUGACAAAAACACAGCUAUUGUCAUAACCUUUGGCCAACACUUUAGACCUUUCCCCAUUGAUGUUUUCAUUCGCAGAGCCAUCAGUGUUCGAAAAGCUAUUGAACGACUAUUCCUAAGAAGCCCAGACACUAAAGUGAUCAUUAAGACAGAAAAUAUCAGGGAGAUGCACAUAGAAACAGAAAGGUUUGGAGACUUCCAUGGUUACAUUCAGUAUCUUACCCUGAAUGACAUUUUCAAAGAUCUCAAUGUAGGUGUCAUUGAUGCCUGGGACAUGACCAUUGCAUAUGGCAUCAAUAACGUCCACCCACCUAAUAAUGUGAUUGAAAAACAGAUUAACAUGUUCUUGAACUACAUUUGCUAA